UCUUUUUUUUUUCUCCCUUUUUUUCAAGUCUCUUUCCUAUAUGGACCCUCCACCGUUUUCCGGCGGACCAAUCACGGCGGCGACGGCAGCCGUGCCACCGGCCGGAACCAUCAAUUAUGCUGACUCAGCAGAUUCCUCACCGGGAUCCCGCCAUACUGGUUCCUGGGACGAGCAGCAGCAGCCGUCACACACCGCCGCCGCCACCACCGGCGGAAAACUCCGGUUAAUGUGCAGCUAUGGAGGACACAUAUUCCCUCGUCCCCACGACAAAACUCUUUGCUACGUCGGCGGCGACACCCGCAUUUUCGUCGCCGAUCGUAACACCUCGUUGGCUGAGCUGUCUGCUCGGCUCUCUAAAACCCUUCUCGGAGGCCAACCCUUUUGCCUGAAGUAUCAGCUUCAGAACGAGGACCUCGAUUCACUUAUCUCCGUUACCUCCGAUGAGGAUCUGGAAAACAUGAUCGAUGAAUACGAUCGUAUGAGUUCGUCUUCUAAAAUUACUCGGCUUCGUUUGUUUCUGUUUCCGAGUAAAAUUGAUUCGUGGAAUCCUUCAAUUGGAAUGAUUAGAGAUAGUUCAGUGAGAUCUGAAGAUUGGUUUGUUAAUAUUUUAAAUGGGGCAAAUUCUACUGCUUCAACAAAGGUAUUUUCUGAGUCUUCUUCGGUGAAUUGCCUUCUGGGUUUAGAUGAUGAUUUAGGAAAUGCGAAUAUUAAAGAAGUAGAAGCACAAUUAGAGGUAAAAAACGGUGGGAAUAGUGUGAAAGGUACUAUACAUGAUAUUCAAUCGGUGCCGGAUUCUCCGAUGGUUGAAACGACGUCGUCUUUUGGGUCGGGAUCGUCUAUGCCGUCGCUGGCGAAUUUGCCGCCGAUAAGGGUUCAUGUUGAGGAGAGUCAAAAGGGAGGUGGAAUUGAGGAGCAGUUUGCACAGAUGACUGUUGGGGUUAAGCAGAAGAAUGAGGAAGGGGGAUUUUUGGGUUUAGCUUCACCGCCGGCGCCGGCUGUUGUAGUGCCGACGACUGUUGUUUCCGGCGUGCCGGCAGUUGAGCAGAUGAUGCAACAACAGCAGCAACAGAUACAGCAGCCUCAGCAAUUGAUGUCAAAGCCUGUUAUUCCAUCUGAUUUGCCUUCCCCUGAUUCAGUUUCAAGUGAGGGUAGUGGUAGGCAAAGACAUUACUUUUAUCAAGAUCCAGGGGUUCAUUUCCAGUCGGGGAGCGGUAGGAUUUCAGGUAAUUCAGUUGAUCUGAAUAUGAGUGAUUCAAUGGGAAGGGUUCAGGUGAAACAACAAGUUCAGGAUGGUGGUGGUGGAUAUGCAUUGCCAGUACAAUAUGAGCAGCACCCACAAAUGCUCCAACCCCAACAAUAUGUUCAUGCUGGGCAGUAUAUACAACAGACACCUUCGGGGCAUGUGCCUAUGACGUCUUACUAUCCUAUGUACCCUUCACAGCACCAAACACAUAUGCAACACCCGAAUCUUGAGCACCAGUAUCCCGUUUACUUUAUUCCUGCUAGACCUGGCCAAGGUUACAGUUUGCCAUUGCAACAAACAAAUUAUACCGAGCCUGCUCAAACUGUCCCUCCUACUCGUUCCCAAACACCUCCUACUAUGGUCAAUCCGGCCUCAGCUUAUAAUCCGGCUAGAAAUAAUCCGUCAUCUAAUCCUGAAAUGGUUGCUGGUACAUACAGAACUUCAGCUUCAGCGGCUCCACAAUUAGUUCAGAUCAAUCCUGGCCAGCAUCAGCCACAAUACGUGAACUACUCUCAGAUUCAACAUCCUUCUCAGUCAAUUCCUCCUACUUCAGCCACUACCACCAAUUAUGCUUAUGAAUUUGCUGAUCCACAUGCUAAGAUGUACUACAGUCAGGCUCUUACUCCCCAAUUGGCUGCACAAUAUCAAACCAUGACAUCUGCCCCUGCAGUAAGUUUCGCAGAAACUUCCUCUCAGCUCUCCGUGGAGAAUUCGAAGCAGCAAAAUUAGAACUUUGCAGGCAUGAAACUGUGAGUUGGUCGUAAAGAAGCAAUUUUGAAACGUUGGUUCAGUUUGUCUUGAAUAUUCUGUUUAAAUGUUUGAAUUCUUAUUGUUAUUGGUUUGUCGCAUGUGUAAGUUAUAGGUAAUAAGAAAGUCGGGGUCUUUCUUUUCUUUUUUUCUGUAAGUAAUGCUGUUAUUACCCAUGAAAGCAUAAUGGUACAAGAUCUUGCUGUAAAAUUUCAAACUCAUAUGGUACAUUCUCAGUUCUAUGUAUGGUUUUCGGAACAAAUAUAAAGUCGUGAUUUGAGGGAUUUCCAAAGU